AUCCAUCGAGCUGCCCGCGCGCGGCAGUUAAGCUCACACAUCAGCUAGCUCACCUUGGACGGCCGACCAGGUACGUUGCGAGCGAUGGCGGGAUACAAAGCGUCGGGCGGCACGGCGCUCGGCGUCGUCCUGGCUGUUGCCGCGCUCCUCGCCGCGGCGGCGAUGGCGGUGGACGACGAGCACAUGUACCACUGGAAGUGCUUCAACUCGUGCACGGGGAAGUGCCGCGACGAGGACGCCUUUGACGACGGCCACCGUUCCGGGGAUUCGAACGUCUCUUCCGUCGUCUCUGGCGGCAAGUGCAACAACAGGUGCCUCAGCGAGUGCUUCGAGGACCUGCCGGCCAUCUGCUACCACCAGUGCGUCGUCAGCAAGUGCCUCUGCUUCCCACCCUUUAGCAAAGAGAAAACGAUGUGCAUGAAGAGCUGCUGCAACAAGUGCUUCCACCACGGCCCGCCAGCGCCUGGUCCUGGCCCGAAGCCGAGGCCGCCAAUGCCUGGUCCUCCGAAGCCGCCUGCCCCGAAGCCGAAGCCGAGGCCGCCGGCGCCAAAGCCACCGACGCCCAAGGCGCCGCCACCGCCAAAGAAGCCGUGUCCCUGCCCGCCCGGCAGCGACGAGGCAAAGGCCGACAGCAAAAACUGAUUCAUACGAUGGGAUGGAUCGGCCAGUCAUCAUCAGAAGCACUCAUAUAGUCAUAUAGAUAGUAUACUUCACAUCGUAAGUACGCGUGUACGUGUAACGUACGUACUCGGCAAGUAGGCCCCACUAUAUACGACGACUCGUAUGUGUACGCAGUGGGAGUCCCAAAUAAUUGUUGCUAGCAA